UAAAAACCUAAUAUCUGUGGGUUUUUGGAGUUAUAAAUAGAAAAAGCUGUUUUGUUGGAAUUGAUUGGGAAGAGUAAGAUGAUGAAUUCAAAGAAGAGGAAAAGCAUGGAGAAUAAGGGCAGGGAGAUUCCAGCUGAGUUGAUUUGGUUAAUAUUUUCGAAACUGCCCUUCGUGAAUCUGCCGAGUUGCAGGCUGGUUUGUAAAGCAUGGAGCGAUGUAGUCUUAACUGGUAAGCUUCAUCCUUCCAUCUCAAUUUCCAACCACCUGUUCUUGGCCCAUGAUUAUCUGUUUGAUCCCAAUCUCCAAUGCCUACACUUGGAUCCUAAGUAUUUGGGAGGGAUGUGUAAUGUUGCCAAAUUCAGGUUCCAUCCUGAUUUUGUUUUGUCCUCCACUUAUAUCUCAAUUGUCAAUUUCUGCAACGGACUCCUGUGUUGUAAAUUUGAGCAUAGAACAACCAAAAUGCCACCUUAUGAAAAUGUUGAAGUUUGCAUUUUAAACCCGAUGACAAAUGAGUACUUCAAACCUCCCAUCUCGAAUGCGUCUAAGGAUAGAUGGUAUUAUUGUUACAGAUUUGGGUUUAGUCCUAAGACGAAGCAGUACAAAUUAGUAAGAUUUUUCUAUUCAUGUGAUAAAGCUGCUAUCUUAUUGGAGACUUUCACAUUUGGCACAAAUUGCAAAUCGACCUAUGUCAGCUGUGUGCCUUCUUCCAUGUCAAUGGAAGAGCACAGUGUUUACUUUAAUGGAAGCCUGUAUUGGAUUGGAAAGCAACUAAAACAUCCUACAAAUGUAUUGUACCGCUUGGAUAUAGAAAAGGAGGAAUUGCAGGAAAUUUCUUUUCCCCAAUCUGGCGGUUGUUGUUCUAUUGGAGUCUUUAAUGGCAGUCUCUAUUUAACUUUAGCCCAGGGACGAUACCAUGCAUACCAUGUGUGGAAGAUGGAAGAAGAUUUUUCGUGGACUAAAGCAUUUGAUGUGCUCCUACCAAAAAUAUAUGUGCAUCAUCGACGACUAUAUGACAGUCAACUUCAACUUAUUAGAGCUUGUGAUGAUGGAAAGAUCCUGUGUCUUAUCUCUGGACUCGAUUUAAUCUUGUAUAACUCUAAGACGCAGCGGAUGGAGUCAUUGACAUAUCAACAUCUUAAUAUUAAGAAAGUUCAUCGAAUUGACUCAUUCAAUUUUGAUUCUCUCCACAAGAUUUUAACAGGGGAUGCUUGAAGAAGAAUGCAAUACAAGCUGGGUUCCAUAUAGAGGAUGAGGAUGCAAGCAAUAUUAUAGCUGAUAAAAUGAUAUGGAAUAGCCUCUACUCAAUUAUAUUGAAAUGACACAAUAUUUCUCUAGUGGAAAUAUUUGUGGAGAAGCAAGGGCACCUUGCGUCCUUGACAGGAAUAUUCACGUGUUAUCCAUCGACUACGCGUUUCGUCCUAAUCUUAGGUCCCGACUCACUCUUAGUGGACGAAUCCUGCAGAGGAACCCUUAGGUAAGUUACUAUUAUCAACAUAGUGUAUGAUACUAAAUAUAGUUAGAACAAUCACAUUAAUAGUUGCGUUGACAGUUUAUCUUUGAGCUCAAAUUUGUAUUGCUAGUUUACGGUGACGGUUACUUUUAUAGUUACAUUUAUGGUGAA